UCCUCAUUACAAGAUGGCGGCCCCUGCAGCAGGUCCAGGCCCGGGCGGCUCCUCUCCCUCUAACACCGGGGGCUCCGCGGGUAUUGUGGGUCCCAGCACCAGUAGCAGCAGCGUUAACCCCUUCCUGAGCGACUCUGAGGAGGAGGAAGAAGCCGAGGAGGAGGAUGAAGAUGAGGAGGACGAUGAUGAUAUCGAGGAGCCGGAGGAUGUGUCCCCGCUGGAUCCCCGCCCGGGCUCCAUGCAUACUGCCCGCUGUCUCCCGGACGAGGCCCAGCCGCCCCCCGGUCCCCGCUUGUCCCUGCUCCCGGGGGAGCCCGGCCGGGUGCCGCUGGACGCGGUGGCCGCUCAGUUGCUGCGGGACCAGCUGCUGCUCACGGCCCUGGAGAUGCACACCGAGCUGAUGGAGAGCGGCCGGGAGCUGCCCCGACUCCGGGACUACUUCUCCAAUCCGGGCAACUUCGAGAGACCGGCGGCAGGAGCGGCACCCGGGGUCAGCAUCCCCAACCCCGGCCCCGGGGGACAGCUCAAUCGUGCUGGCAGCAUAAGCACCCUUGAUUCUCUGGACUUUGCAAGGUACUCUGACGAUGGCAACCGCGACACAGAUGAACGGGUGACAGUCCUGGAGUUUGAACUACGGAAAGCCAACGAGACCAUUCAGGCUCUCAGGGUCAACCUCACUCUGGCUGCAGAAAAUGAAAUUCCUUUGCAGGAAAGAAAGAAUUAUACAUCCAGUCCAGAAAUACAGGAGCCUAUUAAACCUGUUGAAAAGAGAGCUCUCAAUUUUCUUGUGAAUGAGUAUUUAUUGAAAAAUAACAACAAGCUGACUGCAAUCACCUUUUCGGAUGAAAACGAUGAUCAGGACUUCGAGCUAUGGGAUGAUGUAGGACUGAACAUUCCAAAACCCCCAGACUUGUUACAAAUAUAUCGUGACUAUGGCAAUCACCAAGCAGUAGCCAAGCUAUCUGAAGAUGUUGCUGUUGGUGUGAGCGAAGAUGACUUGGAGCCCAUGGAAAUGGGUAUUGAAAAGCCUGCAAAUUUACAAGAAAUAGAGCAAUCAGCCAUAGUGCAGGAACUAGAGAACACGAUUGGGAAAUGUAAACAUGAAAAAGCUACUUUGUUGGAUCAAAUUCAGAAGCUCGAGAGGGAAAUUGAAAGUCUUAAAGCAAGCAUGGUUUCUGAGGCUAUUCCUGCACACAAGCCAGUGCCGAAUAGGCUGCAAAGCCAGACAUCAGAGGAGAGUGACCACUACAUAGACAUCCGAACCUCAGAAAGGGAUAGCAAACCUGAGAUGGCAGGAGGUGACCAACCUUACUACAAAGAAACCGAGGUUGAUUCUCACCUCUCACUGGAGAUUCCUCCCAGCCCUGACUUGGUGAAGAUCAACAAGAAGACACUCCUGUUUGCUGCACCCAGUAAAGAUGGAGUCAAAUUUGAUAAGCCGAACAGGAACCUGUCACCUGCUUUUCUUCAAGCACUACUUUCUUUUUGCCGGAUGUCAGCAGACAGUCGCUUGGGGUCAGAGGUAUCUCGGAUUGCAGACAGUGACAAUGGAGUUCUGCUGAUGCUUGGCCGCUGCUUGCCUCAUAUUGUCCCAAAUGUGCUCUUAGCAAAACGAGAGGAAUUGAUACCCCUCAUACUGUGCACAGCCUGCCUCCAUCCUGAGCCUAAAGAGAGGGACCAGUUGCUGCAUAUACUGUUUAAUUUAAUUAAGCGUCCUGAUGAUGAGCAGAGGCAGAUGAUUUUGACUGGAUGUGUGGCAUUUGCCCGACAUGUGGGGCCGACACGCGUGGAAGCAGAACUUUUACCACAGUGUUGGGAGCAAAUAAGUCAUAAAUAUCCAGAAAGAAGAUUGCUCGUGGCAGAGUCCUGUGGAGAUCUAGCACCUUACCUACCUAAGGAGAUUAGAAGCUCACUUGUUCUGUCAAUGCUGCAACAAAUGCUAAUGGAGGAUAAGGCGGAUUUGGUACGAGAAGCUGUCAUUAAAAGCCUAGGCAUAAUCAUGGGGUACAUUGAUGAUCCUGACAAAUACCAGCAGGGUUUUGAACUCCUCCUUACUGCUCUUGGCGACCCUUCAGAAAGAGUUGUGAGUGCCACCCAUCAGGUGUUCUUGCCAGCCUAUGCUGCAUGGACAAUGGAACUGGGCAAUCUCCAGUGUCACCUCAUUCCUACACUCCUUAGUAAAAUAGAAAAACUCCUCAGGGAAGGAGAACACGGGCUGGAUGAACACAAGCUACACAUGUAUCUGUCUGGCUUGCAGUCCCUUAUCCCUUCACUAUUUGCAACUGUGUUGCAGAAUGCCCCGUUUACAAGUAAAGCCAAGCUCCAGGGUGAAAUUCAUCAGAUAGAAGUAACAAGGUUUCCUCGACCCAUGUCACCUCUUCAGGAUGUUGCAACCAUUAUAGGAAGCCGGGAGCAACUGGCUGCUCUCUUACAGCUAUAUGAUCACCAACUGGAACAUGAAGGGACAACCGGCUGGGAAAGCUUGUUAUGGGUUGUUAAUCAGCUAUUGCCACAGCUAAUAGAAAUAGUUGGUCGCAUCAACGUUACAUCCACGGCCUGUGUCCAUGAGUUUUCACGAUUCUUCUGGAGGUUGUGUAGAACAUUUGGAAAAAUCUUCACAAAUACCAAGGUUAAGCCACAGUUCCAGGAAAUCUUGAGAUUGUCUGAGGAAAAUAUUGAUUCUGCAGCAGGAAAUGGAGUUCUUACAAAAGCCACAGUUCCAAUAUAUGCAACUGGAGUCCUCACAUGUUAUAAUCAGGAGGAAGACCGUAAGCUAUUAGUUGGUUUCCUUGAAGAUGUAAUGACCAUGCUUUCAUUAUCACAUGCUCCACUGGAUAGUUUAAAGGCAUCAUUUGUGGAAUUGGGCACCAAUCCAGCAUACCACGAGUUGCUAUUAACUGUACUGUGGUAUGGGGUUGUCCACACGUCUGCACUUGUUCGAUGUACUGCAGCAAGAAUGUUUGAGCUGAUUCUCCGAGGCAUGCGUGAACCCUUAGUUGACAAGCGAGUUGCUCCGGCUCUCGUCACCUUAUCCAGUGACCCAGAAUUCUCUGUAAGAAUUGCCACCAUCCCAGCUUUUGGUACAAUCAUGGAAACCGUUACCCAGCGAGAGUUACUGGAAAGGGUGAAAAUGCAGUUAGCUUCAUUUCUGGAAGAUCCUCAGUACCAAGAUCAACACUCCUUGCAGACAGAGAUCAUAAGGACGUUUGGUCGAGUUGGACCCAACGCAGAGCCUAGGUUCAGAGAUGAAUUUGUCCUUCCCCACUUGCAUAAACUAGCUUUGGUCAAUAAUCAGCAGGCUGUGGAUUCGAAAAGGCUGGAUAUUGCCACAUACCUGUUUGAAGCAUAUAGUGCACUCUCCUGCUGCUUUAUUUCAGAAGAUAUAUUGGUGAAUCACUUUUUGCCUGGACUCAGGUGUUUACGAGUUGACAUGGAGCAGCUGUCCCCAGAACAUGAGGUUAUUUUAAGUUCCAUGAUAAAAGAAUGUGAACAGAAGGUGGAAAACAAGACUGUACAAGAGCCCCAGGGUUCCAUGUCCAUUGCUGCAAGUCUCGUGAGCGAAGAUACAAAGACCAAGUUCUUGAACAAAAUGGGUCAGCUGACAACUUCUGGCGCAAUGUUAGCAAACGUUUUUCAGAGGAAGAAAUAGAUUGAUUUUCUUGAAGGCCAAUAAACACUAAAGAUGGACCACGUACUCCUUGGCUCGUUGUACUUGAAGUACUUGCCUUUUUUUUUUUUUUCUUUUUUCUCUCAUCCUGUCUUACUUUUCUAUAUUUUAUUGGAAACUCCAAAGAUAAUUUGCACUUCAUUAAAAUAUCAGCAUGUCUGUUGGUUUUGGAGUUGACACUGUAGUUGAAAUUUAAGCAGGAUCGAUAGCCUUUACCAUGUCUUUAUUUUGUGUUCCUGUCUGUUUUUUUUAUAUAUAUACAUAUAAAUAUAUAUAUAUAGUGAAAAGUAUUUUUUUCUGCUACAAAAUAUUGGCAAUUCUGUUAUAUACUGCACAAUUGCAAUAGUACUUAAAAGUAAUGUACAUUUAAAUUAAUUGUCAUGAAGUAAUAAAAGUGAAAGAUUGCUAUGUAUUUAAAUUAUGGAAAGAAAAUCAAUUUGUUUUUAUUAUUUUUAAAUGAAUAAGAAAAGUUGUUCCAGCCAGCGUUAUCCUGUGCCUUCUUUGGAUUCACAUUGAAACCGUACCAUAGGUAAUAUGACAAAGACCGAAUCCAUAAUUACACAAUCUAUUUACAAUCUUGGGAAAAUUAAAAACAAAAUUCUGAUUUACUGUUUCUAAUGUCACUAGAUCAUAUAUAUAGCAUUCAAAAAUGGGGGGGGGGGGGGAAUUAUAUUCCUCGAGUAUGCAGUAACAGUACUGGUACACUGUUUAAAUCUGGGAUAGAUUUUUACAUUUUAGUUUUAGUCAUGAAUCAUUUAUGAAUUUAUUAAAAGGACAUGGUUUAAUUUCAAUAACCUUAUUUGAAUGAUCCCAUCAUUAACAGUGUUAUAGAAGAACUUAAAAUCCUUUACUAUAUAAAUGUGUAGUGGUAUUUUUUAUACAAUGUUAAUAUAGAAGGUAAUGUACACACUUUUACAAACUCAUUUAGUCCAAUAAAUUGUAAUUGUGGUCAAGUCAAAUAUUUUUUUUUAAUAUAUAUAUUUAUAGACAUAAUGGCAUAACCAUUUUGGGUCUUUUCAAGAUAGCCACUGUGUAUAUUUGCAUACCAUAAUGGACCAGUUAGUUACUGAAUUUCCUUACAUGUUUAAAUACGUUAAUACUUUUUGUUUAAUUUUUUACAUUGUCCAACACAAAUCAGUAUGGACCUAAGGCAUGCAAAGGAACAAACUUGUUUUAAUUUAUGCAGAAUAAUUUCUGGGCGGCACUGUCACUUUUAAGCACUGUUUAAAGGGGCCCUCAAAGCACUAUAAUCACAACAGGUCAACUAUGGAUGGCAAAUAUACUAUGAGAGUGUUGGGCUCACCCAGACCCUGAUAUUCUCUGUUAUUGCUGGACGGCUAAUACCGAAGUUUAUUUCCACAUGUCUGAACUUCUCUGUUUUUGGCACCAUGGGAGAGCCUUGUUCUUUGUCAGAACUUGAUACAAGUUUGAUACAAACCAGAGGGAAGGCACCCACAGACUCUGCACCAUACAUAAACACUAUGAUGAGCUGUUGUGGUUAUAGUGCUCAGAGUGCCCUUUGAAUGUGGGUUGGUUGGGAGCACUAUCUCAUUCACUCCUAUGCUGCAGACGCCCAUGCUCCAAAUCUAGUUCCAAAGGGAUCAGUCAACAAGAUGAUACAAUAUUUUAUUAAAUUAUGUUCCAGGAUGUAAUAGAUCUUUAAAAUGAAAUAUAAAAACUGUAUCCAGUUGCUUGUGUGGGAAAAAAAUGAAUUUAAUUGCAAAUGAAAAAAAUGCACUGAUUAUUAUUUUUCUCAAGUUUUUUUCUUUGGGUUAAAGUGAAACAUUUCUCAGUGUUGACUAAACCCAUUUCAUUCAUCUUAUUUGUUUUUGUGUAAACUUUCCCAAGAUACAUCUUGUCCUUAUGUUGUUGUUUUUUUUGUUUUGUUUUUUUGUGCCAUGUGAGUAAUGGCCCAAGUGAUGGAAAGAGAUUCCAUUGCCACUGGAAGAAUCAUCAGUAUUCUCCAGUUGCAGACUGUUUUAUUAGGAAACAAGUGGUUUUCACUGAAGCACCCUAAACUAUUUUCUCUUAAACUUUUGUUUUCCUUAAUAUAUGCUCACCUGAGAGCAUGUGGUGUACAAUACAGAAGAUUGUUUUCAUAAGAGUUGUAUGGGUAAUCUAGUGGAAAGAUUUUCUGUUCAAAUAAAGAUAUUUAAAAAAUGGU